AUAAAUGAAAAUUCUGAGGCUUACAUGUGUUAGUCCUUAACAGUGAAAACUUCAGUGCUGUCCUAGAGGAUAAAACAAAAGUAAACCUGUCCACGUUUCACAUGGAUAAUUACACCAGCGAUGAAGACACAGAUGAAGACUUUGACACCCAGUUCAUCAUUCAACAGAGUUUACAGGAUAUUUAUAAGCCAGGAACAGCACAACAUGCACCUAAGGAUGAGAGCUCCCAUUCCUUUUUGAGUGCUGACUAUAAGAAGAUAGUUGAAACAAUAGAGAAAGGUAAGGAAGAUGCAUUGUCACACUUAACCAAGUACCAUUCUGCUUUUGAUGAAGCAGAUGAGAUAGGCUGGAUUCCUCUGCAUAAGGCUGCAGUGCAAUUAAAUAAGAAAAUUUUGGAAAUAACCCUAAGCGCUUCAGACCCCAGUCUGUGGGAGCAAACCACUCACAAUGGUGAAACGCCACUGUUUUUGGCUGUCAGCAAUUGCCUCUUAGAAAAUGCCACUUUUCUUCUUCUCAAUGGCUGCAAUCCAAAUGCUAAGAAUUUUGAAGGCAAUUCUCCUCUUCUUACAGCUGUGCUGCGUGACUCCUAUGACAUGGCUGCCUUGCUGAUCAACUAUGGAGCAGAUGUCAAUCUGCGUUGUGCCAACGAGAGGACAGCUCUCCACGAAGCAGCCAAACUGGGCAGAGAGGACAUGGUGAAGCUUAUGCUGGUUUCUGGGGCACAUCCUGACCCACAGAGCACGUAUGGAUUCACUCCUCUUGCUCUUGCUGCCCAAAGUGGACACACUGAAAUCAUGGAAAUGUUACUGCAGAAAGGAGCUAAUGCUCAUGGUCAGGCCUCUGAUUCUUCUUCCAUUUUACUCGAAGCUGCGAGUGGAGGAAAUCCAGAUGCUGUGGCCCUCUUGCUGGAGUACGGAGCUGAUGCCAACAUCCCUAAGAAUUCAGGCCACCUGCCCAUCCAUGUGGCAGCUGACAGGGGCCACUUACUAGCUCUGAAGAUACUGAUUCCAGUUACGGAUCUUGCUGCCAUUAAGCAGAGUGGGAUCAGUCCAGUUCACUGCGCAGCAGCAGGAGCACACCCUCAGUGCCUGGAACUCCUAAUCCAGGCUGGAUUUGAUGUGAACUUCAUGCUGGAUCAGAGAGUUAGCAAACACUACGAUGACCACAGGAAGUCAGCUUUGCAUUUUGCUGUAUCAAACAGUGACCUCUCUUCAGUCAAGCUGCUUCUGAGUGCUGGAGCUCUGCCUAACCAAGACCCGGUUAACUGCCUCCAGAUAGCCCUCAGGAUGGGCAACUAUGAGCUGAUCAGUCUGCUGCUAAGGCAUGGGGCCAAUGUCAAUUACUUCUGCAGAGUUAACCCUUUACAUUUCCCAUCAGCACUGCAAUACACUCUGAAAGAUGAAGUCAUGCUCAGGAUGCUGCUGAACUAUGGGUAUGACACACAGCGAUGUUUUGAUUGCCCACAUGGAGACAAAGUCCAUCCUUCCUAUACUGUUGAAGGCUGGACAUCUACAGUUAUCAAAGAUACUAAGUUCUGUGAAGUAAUAACUUUGUCAUGGCUGCAACAUCUCUCUGGAAAGGUUGUUCGAGUGAUGCUUGAUUAUGUUGAUCAAGUUCGGAUCUGUUCAAAGUUGAAAGCUGUGCUCCAAAAACAGGGGAUCUGGUCAGAAAUACAUUUUAUCUUAACAAACCCUCGCUCCCUAAAACACUUGUGCCGCCUAAAGAUCCGGAAAUGCAUGGGACGUUUACAUUUGCGCUGCCCUGUAUUCAUGUCAUUUCUUCCAUUACCCAAUCGUCUAAAAGCAUAUGUCCUUUACAAAGAAUACGACCUUUAUGGACAAGGAAUUUUUACAGGAACCUGGUAAUCAAACCAUUCUAAUAGGAAAAGGACAACAAACUGCCCCUCGCUACUGGCUUGGUUUGGUCUACUGGACGCAGCUAUCAACCGACUUUGUUCUUCCAAGUCCUAGUGGAAAAGACAAAAAGAAACUAAGUUACUUGUCUGCAGUCAAAUGGCAAAUUAUGCAGUUAAGAUACAUUCUUGAGAGCCACUUCAGUUCUUCUGUCGUAAAUAUAUAUGCAUACUUCUGACAACUUGAUAAAAAGAAAAGCUACCCCCAAACAAUACAACACCAGAAUGAAUUUUGGCACCAUCCCAUAAAAGCCAACAUUCAAACUAAAACAUAGUAUUUUCUCAUUUUCUUUUUUUACGACCAACAACCAAAUAAAGCCCAUCAUCUCUCACUAUACACCAUAGUAAAACCCUCGAAAGGGAUCACCCCACACUCCUUUCCCUUCCCCUCUCCAGCCCUUUUCUCCAUCCCUGUCCAAUUCAUCUUGCUAAAUCAGGUUUCACCUUCCCUCAGCCUAGCCUACCAAGAAAGCCUCACUUCAGUGUCAUCUUUGCCACUUCCCUCUUCUUUGUCCAGAAAGACAGCCCACAGCCAAUGCUUACUGAGCUGUUCUAAGUAUCCCAGCUGUCUCCUCUUUACCAUUCCUACAGUCAAUCUGCAACCCAUAACACGCUCUUACAAUCUCAUGGAUCAUUUAAUGCAUUCUUCAAGUUUUGCUCCAAAAUUUGUCUUUUAAAAUUAUCCUGUUGGAUGGACAAUGAUUUGACACUCCUGGCAAUAUUAAAAAUAUUUAUUUCAUUAUAUAUUUCAUAUAACAUAUAUAUAUAUAUAUAUAUAUAUAUAUAUAUAUAUUUCCCCCAUAGAAGGCAAAAUGGCUUUCAGCAAUGGGAGUUAAAUCUAUACAACCUCUCAACUGCUUUGACAGAGAUAACCUCCUCUGAAAUAUUAAAGUUCUGGUAUAUUUUUGAAACAGUCAUAUUACAUGUCAACAUAAUUAUAAUGUAAACAUCAUAUCAAAAGAGAGAUGUGACCCUUUUCUGCUAUGGUAUGAAUCAUCUGUUUAUGAAGUGGCUGAACAAGCAGAAACAGUCCUUCAUUUGGAAAUUCAAAUCUGAAAGUCAUAGUGCUAAAUUAAGUCUUCACAACACACAAAGAUCUAGACAUUAGGAC